GGCGUGUUCGAAACCGCAGGAGAUGAUGAUGAACGGGUUUAUCGAAACUUGAUUGGAUGAGCCUAUCGGUAAUAGCGAUUUUAGUGUGUGCAUUUAUUGUUCAUAGUGGUGUGAAAUGUGGUUGGGGUACGACCGACAACCCGUCGGGGCGAAUUUCGCACUGGGGUACUCAAAAUUGGAAGAAUUCAAGAUGUUUCCAUGAGUUUUGAAGGUAUGGAUAAGUUCUAAAAAUCCGGUUCUCCCUAUCUGGGUCAUUAACUCCAUAUGGUCCAGGAAAGCUGGCACACUACCUUUAAACAGUUCUAAUUCUAUCUUUUUCAAAUAUUCGCUGACCACUUGAGUACCAUUACCUUUGUAAAUUUUUUCGAACUUUGAUUAAUUUUUGUUGACCAGUUAGCCCUCUCUCAUGUCAGACACCAUCUCCGCUGAUCAAGCACCGAUGCUCCCCUGGAUCUCAUGCCUGGUGCCGCCUCUGUCUGCCAGUCGCUGCCGCCCGCACAGAUGCCGUGCCUGGCGCUGCCCCUGGGUCUGACCUGCCCGCAGGCGGUGGCCGGUCGGCCGGAGUGAGGCUUUUGCUACGCGGGCGCUCGGGGCGGUCGGGCGGCUCCCGGCGUGGUGACUCUGGAAGAAAUUCAGAUAAUGCCUGUAAUAGACGAGGGACGCCAUCGGUGGCAUGGAGGAGGGACGCCAUCGGUGGUGGACCGCCAUCGUCACCGCCGUCCUGACUGUACCAGAACAACAGCGGCGGACCGAGACAGCAGAGCGGCACCGGGCGGCCACUUCUCAACGGAACGGUUCAUCUGACUGGAGACCGUCUCUGCCGCUACAGGAGAGAGACUCCCCAUCAUUUAGCACCAGCCUGACCACUGGAGGAGCUCCUGUCCUACUGGCACCGCCGGCGGUCGCCGUGCUGCCAGCGCUGAUCGUUACGCGGAGGUGGCGCGCCCUCUGGUACAGUCCGGGGCGCGGAUCGACCUACAGAACGAGCGGGAGCGCCCGCCGCCGCAGAUGGCGCCACUAGGGCUGGCGAGCGACCUCCAGCAGCUGGCGCCGCCCUCGGUGGAGCCCACCGCUGCCACAGAUGGCAGCACCGUCGACUUAUCCCCGGGUUCAAUGCAUCUCGAGCCCCUGAGCCGCCGGCUACUUCAUCUCGUCGGUGCAGUUCGCAGUGCCCUCUGUAAAACUCUGUUGGUAUAGAUGGCACCACCGUCGACUGGAUGCCGAUGCCUGCGUAAUGCGUAUCUCGUGUUGACCGAGCCCGUUCUCUGAAUCUGAGGCUUGAGCUCGCCAAGCGAGCAGUGCCUAUCUGCCAUAAGGGCUUAGAGUGCCGAGGAGGUAGUCGUAUUUGUAUUCUGUUAUUAUGUUCACCCACCCACACUGUCGUGACGGAAAGUCUACCAUAUCAUUGUACUCGCGUCCCGAGACCAUUGAUGACCCGUCUUCCCAUGGCAAGGUCGGUUUUCUCAACUGGUGCCUGUGUUCGCUGCAUUUUGUAUGUACGACACGUGCGUUGACUGCAUAGUCGUACCUUGCCAACUGUUGUUGAAAUGCUGAAAUGUUGAAAGUGUCGUUCAUUGUCUGCUGGUGUAUGCGUCUUUAGUCACCGCCCGUCGCUUACCUCAAGAUUUGAUUCGUUUGGUCGGAUGUUGGACUCUUGCUGCCGCGUGUGGGCACCGCAUGGCCGCCGCCUUUUCACUGUCAUCACCGUGUCGUUAUCUGCGCGAACGUUGAGAGCUUCACGUUGAUGUGAUGCGCGUCGUUGUUUGACAUUCGAUCAUUGGUAAAGUCACCAUGUAGAGUGGGGUUCUUUGUGACUCGGACCCGUGUGCUCCUGAUGUUUUCCAUGUGUGCAUGCCAUCGAUCAAUGUUAGGUGCUGAAAACUGUGAUAGAACAAUAAAGUCAUGAAGUAACCCUC